AUGAAACAAGAGUCCCAUUCCGGAACGGGCGUCAGCGAUCACCCUGCCUCUCUGGGCCGAGGCAGCGAAGACCUCCAUGUGAAACUCUGCCGCGGGUCUCGCCACGCCGAGCAGAUCCUCCAGACUCUCAACUCCUACCGGCUGGACGGCAUCUUCACCGACGUGGUCCUCACCAUGGGCGGACACGAAUUCCCUUGCCACCGGGCUGCCUUAUCCGCCAGCAGCACCUACUUCCGGGCUCUGUUUGCUGGGGGCGCGAAGGAAGGCCGCCAAGGCACCGUCCAUCUCCGCGAGGUCUCUGCUCCCAGCCUGAGCCUCAUCCUGGACUACAUCUACGGUGGGGACAUCCUCAUCCAGGAGGACAACGUGGAAGACCUGCUGGAGCUGUCCAGCUUUCUCCAAAUCCCAAGGCUCAAGGACGCCUGUGUUGCCUUCUUAGAAGGUGAGCUGCAUCCUCACAACUGUCUGGGCAUCCUGAAGGUCGCAAACUCUUUUUCCAUCCCAUCUCUGACCGAGAGGAGCAAGAACUGUCUGCUGGAGGGCUUUGUGGAGAUCUCUCACCACAAGGAGUUUCUGGAGCUGGAAGCCAAGGAGUUUGCGAGCUGCCUGGAGAGCGAUCACUUGGCUGUCCCCAAGGAGGAAGCCGUCUUCGAGGCAGUGAUGCGGUGGGUGAACCACGAUGUGGUUGCCAGGAAGGGGGGCCUGAAGGAUUUGCUCCAGCACGUGAGGCUCCCCCUGCUAGACCCUGUUUAUUUUCUAGAAAAGGUGGAGACGGACGAGCUCAUCCAGAAAUCCAAGGAGUGCAUCCCUUUGCUGCUAGAAGCCCGCAAGUAUUAUGUCCAAGGCAAGGAGGUCAGCUCUCAGCGGUCUAGACCCCGAAGGUAAAAAGACAGAGAAAAAGUUGCAACUAGGGCUGGGCAACCUAUCGAUAUAUCAUCCCAAACCGGUUUGAAGUCCAUACUGAUUCCAUAAUUUUUGACCUGGCAAUAUACAGUGGUACCUCAAGUUAAGUACUUAAUUUGUUCCGGAGGUCUGUACUUAAUCUGAAACUGUUCUUAACCUGAAGCACCACUUUAGCUAAUGGGGCUUCCUGCUGCCGCCGCGCAGCCAGAGCACGAUUUCUGUUCUCAUCCUGAAGCAAAGUUCUUAACCUGAAGCACUAUUUCCGGGUUAGCGGAGUCUGUAACCUGAAGCGUAUGUAACCUGAAACGUCUGUAACCCGAGGUACCACUGUAUAUGACUUCCCUCCUCUUUGUGGAUCCUAUUCUUAGUCCUUUCCUCUUGCAUUUUUUAUAAUAAUCCAAAUAAAUAAUAAAUAAUAAUUUAUUAUUUAUACCCCGCCCAUCUGGCUGGGUCUUCCUACCCACCCUGGGUGGCUUCCAACAAACUAUAAAAAUACAGUGGUCUGUUAAACAUUAAAAGCUUCCCUAAACAGGGCCGCCUUUAGAUGCCUUCUAAAUGUCAGGUAGUUGUUUAUCUCUUUGACAUCUAGUGGGAGAGUGUUCCACAGGGCGGGCACCACCACCGAGAAGGCCCUCUGCCUGGUUCCCUGUAACUUAGCUUCUUGCAGCGAGGGAACCGCCAGAAGGCCCUCGGAGCUGGACCUCAGUGUUGGGCAGAAUGAUGGGGGUGGAGACGCUCCUUCAGGUCUACUGGACCGAGGCCGUUUAGGGCUUUAAAGGUCAGCACCAACAUUUUGAAUUGUGCUCGGAAACGUACUGGGAAAUGUAGAUCUUUCGAGACCGGUCUUAUGUGGUCUCGGUGGCUGCUCCCAGUCACCCGUUUAGCUGCUGCAUUCUGGAUUAGUUAUAGUUUCCAGGUCUCCUUCAAAGGUAGCCCCACAUAGAGUGCAUUGCAGUAGUCCAAGCGAGCGAUAACUAGAGCAUGCACCAUUCUGGCAAGACAGUCUGCGGGCAGGUAGGAUCUUAGCCUGCGUACCAGAUGGAGCUGGUAAACAGCUGCCCUGGACACAGAAAUGACCUGUGCCUCCAUGGACAGCUGUGAGUCCAAAAUGACUCCCAGGCUGCACACCUGGUCCUUCAGGGGCACAGUUACCCCAUUCAGGACCAGGGAGUCCUCCACGCCAGCCCGCCCCCUGUCCCCCAAAAACAGUACUUGUCAGUGUCUUGUCAGGAUUCAACCUCAAUCUGUUAGCCGCCAUCCAUCCUCUAACCGCAUCCAGACACUCACUCUUUUUGCAUCUCCAUUAUGUCCAAAAUUCACCAUUAAGCUACAAGUGUUAUUCCAAUCCCACUAACGUUUUUAGCUGUUUAUAAUGGUUUAUAAAAUAGAUUUCUGAUUCUUCCGGUCAUUUUUGCCAUUUUGGCAUAAUCCAUCCACUUGAUCAUUCUUCUCUGCUAAGGACUUUUUCUUCUUUCCAUCUCUGGACCAAUAACAUCCAGGCAGCUGUGGUCGCAUACAUAAAUAGUCUUAUAUGCUCCCUUGAGAUUUUGGCACCUAGAAUUCCUAAAAGUAAGGCUUUGAGGGUAUUUUUUCAGAAAAGGAUAUUUUAAACAUUUUUUCCAACUCAUUAUAUAUCAUUUCCCAAAAUUCAUUUACUACUGGUUUCACAAUUUUUGACCUGGCAAUAUAUCGCAUAUCAUGAUGCACAUUAGGGCUGAACGAUGUCUGGCUUUCAGUUUUGUGAUAUAUCGCCAGCUAAACAUCGUGAUAUACUGAUAUAGCAUGAUGUCAGAAAUAAGGAUGUAACUAUUCAGAGGCGAAGGGGGUAAUGUCCUGGCAACUUCUACUACUUAGAAGUCUAUAUAAAAACAUAUAUAAAACAAUGGCCAAUUAUUUCCAUUUUAUUUUAACACGUUGUGUUCCAAAUUCUACCUGUUUCUUUUUUGUGGGAAUUCCUUGUUGUUGUUUAGUCCUUUAGUCAUGUCUGACUCUUCGUGACCCCCUGGACCAGAGCACGCCAGGCACUCCUGUCUUCCACUGCCUCCCGCAGUUUGGUCAAACUCAUGCUGGUAGCUUUGAGAACACUGUCCCACCAUCUCAUCCUCUGUUGUCCCCUUCUCCUUGUGCCCUCCAUCUUUCCCAACAUCAGGGUCUUUUCCAGGGAGUCUUCUCUUCUCAUGAGGUGGCCAAAGUCUUGGAGCCUCAGCUUCAGGAUCUGUCCUUCCAGUGAGCACUCAGGGCUGAUUUACUUCAGAAUGGAUACGUUUGAUGUUCUUGCAGUCCAUGGGACUCUCAAGAGUCUCCUCCAGCACCACAAUUCAAAAGCAUCCACUCUUCGGUGAUCAGCCUUCUUGAUGGUCCAGCUCUCACUUCCAUACAUCACUACUGGGAAAACCAGAGCUUUAACUAUACGGACCGUUGUUGGCAAGGUGAUGUCUCUGCUUUUUAAGAUGCUGUCUAGGUUUGUCAUUGCUUUUCUCCCAAGAAGCAGGCGUCUUUUAAUUACGUGACUGCUGUCACCGUGGGAAUUCCUACCCAUCCCUUGAAAUGCCACUGACUUAAAAACCAGCCUUUCCAGCGUGAUCUCGCAAAGUGCCAUAGAAGCCUUACUGGGUAGUGGUACCUCGGGUUAAGUACUUAAUUCGUUCCGGAGGUCUGUACUUAACCUAAAACUGUUCUUAACCUGAAGCACCACUUUAGCUAAUGGGGCCUCCUGCUGCCGCCGCGCCACCGUAGCACGAUUUCUGUUCUCAUCCUGAAGCAAAGUUCUUAACCUGAAGCACUAUUUCCGGGUUAGCGGAGUCUGUAACCUGAAGCGUAUGUAACCUGAAGCGUAUGUAACCUGAGAUACCACUGUAUUUAUUAAAUUCAUAUACCGCUCUUCAUCCUAAGUUCUCGGGGCUGUUCACAGAAUAAAAUACAGGAUGAAAACAAAUAAGUAAAACAAAAGAGCAAAUUAUUCAGUUAUUAGAUUUAUAUCGUCAGCACUAAAGGUCAGAUGUAGUUUGGGUCUGAAGGUCGUUGUCCCCUCCACCUUUAUAGGGAUGUGGGUCAUGUUGUGUUGCCAAAAGGGUCUUGCCGUCCUCUGAGACGAACAAAUUUCUUUUCUUAUCCCAGAUACAUGGAGUUAGCAGAGAUGAUCGUUGUGAUUGGAGGCUGCGGCAAGAAAGGGUCCUUCAAACUUCCUUUUGUGGAUAUCUUCCACCCUGAAAGCAAGCAAUGGAAGCCACUAUCCAGCGUCCCUGGAUAUAGCAAGUCAGAGUUUGCUGCCUGCACCUUGAAGAACGACGUCUACAUCUCAGGUGAGAUGGCUGCAUAGAAUCAUAGAGUUGGGACCCCGAGGGUCAUCUAGUCCAACCCCGCAGAAAUAGCCUCCUCCCUUCCUUGGGAGGAGAUGGAGAAGACCACUGUAUGACUGAUGGAUUGAUUAAUUAAUUACAUUUCUAUUCUGCCCUUUUCUCCAAGGAGCUCAAAAUGGCACACGUGGUUCUCUCCCUCCUCAUUUGAUCCCCACAGCGACCCUGUGAGGUAGGUUAGGCUGAGAGGUAGCAACUGGCCCAAGGUCACCCGGGGAGGUCCGUGGCUGAGCGGAGACUAGAAUUCCCGUCUCCCAGUUCCCAACCCGACACUCUAACCACUACACCACACUGCCUUUCUGUAUGUGUCAUGAGAAAGAGCCAAGGGGCCAAUAUCCCCUUCUAAGUUUCUUCCAAAAUCCCCCGCUUCCCUCAGCAGAGAAAGAGACCACACGUUUGGACAGUUUAAAAUGAUUUACUUACAAAUCCUUACAAAGAUUCAUGAGCUUUCCCGCACAGCGGCAAGAAAAGGCAGGCAGUAUCACGUCGGUUACAAAAUGUUCAAUGCUUCUAAAUUAUUUGUAUAGAAACACAAAGAUGACUUCCUUAAGCCACGUGGUCUAGGCUUGGAGCAGCUAGCUUAGACAUCUCUACUUGUAGAGUUUGCGUGGUGGAAGAUGAAGGAACAAAGAGUUUGGUAGCCCUUCCUCCCGUGGUGAGCUACCUGGCAGGACAGCUUACUCUAUGGUCUUAACCCCUUCAUGCGUUAAUUAGAGCUAAGCAUGCUGGUUCUAUGAGGCUGGAUAUAACCCACAAAAUGGCCCUGAAUACCAGUUGGUAGGAAUCUCAGGUGGGAGAGACCUGUUGAGCUCAGGUCCUGCUUUUGGUUUUCCAUUGUGAGAACAGGAUGUUGGAUUAGAUCAGGCAUCAGCAACAUUUUUCAGCCGGGGGCCGGUCCACUGUCCCUUAGACCUUGUGGGGUCCGGACUAUAUUUUGGAAAAACAAAUAACAAAUUCCUAUGCCCCACAAAUAACCCAGAGAUGCAUUUUCAAUAAAAGCACACAUUCUACUCAUGUAAAAACAUGCUGAUUCCCGGACCGUCCGUGGGCUGCAUUUAGAAGACGAUUGGGCCAAAUCCGGCCCCCGGGCCUUAGUUUGCCUACCCAUGCCUUAAGUCUUUUGGCUCCUGUGUUAUGCAGCUGCUCUGUGUCUGCUUUUGCAGGAGGCCACCUGAACGGCAGAGAUGUCUGGGUGCUGAGCUCCCAGCUGAACGUCUGGAUGAGGGUCGCCUGUUUGCAGAAAGGGCGGUGGAGGCACAAGAUGGCCACCCUCCAGGGAAAGGUACAGACUUCUCUUUGCUUUCUGAUUGGUGGGGGGUGUCGUGGCCGCAGGAGGGAGAGGCAUUUGUUAUUAUUCCCCAACCUGACGCAUCUGUGCCUCUCCUCUCCUCUCCUGCUUCAGCUUCUUCCUCUGAUUCUGGCUGCCUCUCUGCCACCGACUCUCCCCGCUCACUAAGCCCUGUUCCCUCUCCAUCUUCCGAUGCCUCUUCCUCCCAGUCUUCUCCCUCUUCUCCCUCUGACCACUCAUCAUUGCCCUACCACCAUGCCCAAGGCUCAGCGGCUUCAGUGCUUGUUAUGUACUGAGUUGAAUAGGAUCCAAAAUGCAGCAGUCUGAUUGGUCCUAGAACAAUAGGAUUCAGAAUGCAGCAGUCUGAUUGGUCCGUAGGAGCCACCCAAUCCAACUCCGGGUGGAAGUGAAUCCGCAACCUGAUUGGCCUACAGGAGAAUCCCAGAAUUAGCCAAUCACGUGGGGCCCAUUGUGUAAAUAAUGUAUAUAAAGCAGACAUUUCGGGGGAACUUCCAUUCCUCCUCACCACUAUGAGCUGAAUAAAGAGCACGAAAUCCACUCUCAACUCCGAGUAUAUUUCAGUGCUGGAUUUGCCUAUAAGCUAAACAAGCUAUAGCGUAGGGCCCCGAUCUCUUGGAGACCCCCCCAAAAUUUAAAGGAAAACCCCCCUGGAUUUACAUUUCUAAAAUGUAAGAUAAAAAAAUAAAUAAAAUAAAACUUAUGUACAGCAACAGUGUUUUGUGUUGUGUAGGCUCCUACGAUGUAAGUUAUGGGCCCCGCCUGCUAACCUGCUCCCUAAAAUAUCACUGGUUUGCUCCUUUCUAUAUACAGUGGUACCUCAGGUUAAGUACUUAAUUUGUUCCGGAGGUCCGUACUUAACCUGAAACUGUUCUUAACCUGAAGCACCUCUUUAGCUAAUGGGGCCUCCUGCUGCUGCCACACCGCCGGAGCACAAUUUCUGUUCUCAUCCUGAAGCAAAGUUCUUAAUCUGAAGCACUAUUUCUGGGUUAGUGGAGUCUGUAACCUGAAGCGUAUGUAACCUGAAGCGUAUGUAACCCGAGGUACCACUGUAUAGGGUGCCUACAUUCUGCAUGGACUGGUUAUUUUGUUAUGUGCAAAUGGCUUUCAAUACCUAUUAUGUCCAUAAAUUACCAUAUAGCAUAUAUCCAACACAAAAAACAGUGACAAUUUGUUGUUGACAAAGGACAGCUGGACAUAUAAAGGGCCCCAUUACCUUAAGUAGCUUAGGGCUUCAUCAAACCUGUAUCUGGCCCUGCUUCCAUGUAUUUCAGUUCUAGCACCUGUGUAUUUCCUUUCUAUUUAUUUAUUUGCAAAUUUACAAGCUGCACUUCCAUUUUUAAAAAACAGUCAGCUUUAAGGUCUUUAAGCAGAGGCUUGACAACCAUAUGUCAGGAGUGCUCUGAUGGUGUUUCCUGCUUGGCAGGGGGUUGGACUCGAUGGCCCUUGUGGUCUCUUCCAACUCUAUGAUUCUAUGAUUCUAUGAUUCUAACCCAGCGAUUUCUGUCAUCUCCUUAAAUACCCUUUGCCAAAAUUCUUUUACACAAUUUACACCAUUUUAUGUUUCACAACCACCCUGCAAAGUAGUUCGGGCGACUGAGGCUGGCCCAAGGUGGCUUUGAGUGGGGGAUUUGAACCCUAGUCCGGCACUCUAACCACUGUACCACGCUGCCUCUCGCUCUGCCCGCACCCCAUUUACAAGCCCGCCUGCAUCUGGGUGAGAUCAGAGAUCUGAUGAAUCACGUCCUCCCCAAUUCUCGCCGACAGAUCUACGCGGUGGGCGGCUACGACGGCUUUGGCCGCCUGGCCAGCGUGGAAUGCUACGACGCCUUUUCCAACAGCUGGGCAGAUGUUGCGCCAUUGCCCGAGACAGUGAGCUCGGCGGCUGUGGUGCCGUGUCUCGACAAGCUGUAUGUGAUCGGGGGCGCCGUGGAGGACGGGGCCAACACAGAUAAGGUACUGCCGGGGUUCCCAACCUUUGGGGGGCCGUGGGGACUUUUGCAAACUGAGCCUCUGCAUCUGUCCGCCUCUCCUGGUAUGUUUCACCUUACGGUCUUCAAACAAAAAACAUCUUGGAGGUCCCGGCCACAGGGAGGUUAGGCUGGCCUCAACUAGAGCCAGGGCUUUUUCGGUCGUGGCCCCGAUCUGGUGGAACGCUCUGUCACAAGAGACUAGGGCCCUGCGGGACUUGACAUCUUUCCGCAGGGCAUGCGAGACAGAGCUGUUCCACCAGGCCUUUGGCCAAGGCACAGCCUGACCCCCUCCUUCAGUAAUCCUCACAGAACUCUAGCCCAAUGGUUGCCAUCAAUUUGAUUUGAACUGAUUUUAUAAGGAAUUGAUUUUAGAAUGCUGUAUUAUUUUACUGUUCUCUGAGGCCGGCUUCAGCUGGGGAGGACGGGAUGUAAAUAUUAUUAUUAUUAUUAUUAUUAUUAUUAUUAUUUAUUGCUCCCCCAGGUUCAGUGCUAUGACCCAGAGGAAAACAAGUGGAUCCUUCUGUCAGCAGCCCCUUUCCGCCAGCGAUGCCUCAGCGCCGUUACUUUGGAUCACUCAAUUUACGUUGUUGGAGGACUGCUGAGUAAAAUCUUCAGCUACAGCCCCCAGACGGACACCUGGGCUGAAGUUGCGUCCCUCCUGGGACCUCUGGUAAGGAGAAUGCCAUUGGGCCCUUAGAGAAUUUGUUGUGGGACCAGUUCCAAGAUGGGGUGCCACAUCUAAAAGGGCAGAAAAAAGAGACAGGACCCCAGAAUGGUGAAAACAGGCUCCUCACCAGCCAUCAGUAGGGAUAAAGGCACCUAAACCAGCUAUUGUCUUGCUUGCUCACAGGAAGUAGCUAUUUUAUUAUUUUAUUUUCUAUUAUUAUUCACUAAAUUGUAAAUUGUUUUGAGUUGCCCUGGGUGCAAGAUAAAGAAACCAACAAGUUUAAUAAAAAAAUAAAAGCCAAAGGCCCCUAGUGGAAAAUAAAUGUUUUUGCCUGGCGUUUAAAUGUAUGUAACGAUGGGGCCAGACGAGCCUUUCUGGGGAGAGCAUUCCACAAGCGGGGAGCCACCACAGAAAAGGACCUGUUCUCAUGCUGCUCCUGUUCAGAAUACAAGGAGGGUGGGUGUCCAAUCCUGGUAUCAAAUGAGAUGUGGCGGGGCUGGCUCAAGACCUUUUGGUGCCUGAUGUCAGGAACGUGGCCACCCAGAGCACAGGGGAUGAGUUAGACUAGAAACAGGUAAAAAGGUAAAGGGACCCCUGACCAUUAGGUCCAGUUGUGGCCGACUCUGGGCUUGUGGCGCUCAUCUCACUUUAUUGGCCGAGGGAGCCAGCGUACAGCUUCUGGGUCAUGUGGCCAGCAUGACUAAGCCGCUUCUGGCGAACCAGAGCAGCGCACGGAAACGCCGUUUACCUUCCCGCUGGAGCGGUACCUAUUUAUCUACUUGCACUUUGACGUGCUUUCGAACUGCUAGGUUGGCAGGAGCUGGGACAGAGCAACGGGAGCUCACCCCGUCGCGGGGAUUCGAACCGCUGACCUUCUGAUCGGCAAGUCUUAGGCUCUGUGGUUUAACCCACAGCGCCACCCACAUCCCUAGAGACUAGAAAUAGAACUAAGUAAAUGAGGGACUCACUCUUCAGAUGAGAGUUGGCUGACAAAGUCAAGAAAGGGCAAUUUGACCCCCCUUCCUGGGGAAGACUGUUAGCUCUCAAGGAGAGGAAGAAUUGGGAGGCAGCCAGAGCGUUGCUAGGCAAUCAGAAGAUAAGCCGAGAUCUGAGUCUGUGUCGAGUGACAGUGGGGAGGAGGGGGCAGGCCAACUUCUCAGUCCCCGUUCUAGGCAUCUGGAUAAGAUCUGAUGGCAACGGAAGGGAAAGGCAGUAGUUUGGCGUCCUUCCUGCUGUGGGAGGGGCGAAAAUUCAGACUGAUCAACUAUCGUAAAUGCGAGCAGGCGAGAAGCUGUGCUCUGGGUGUGUCUUUUUUAAAAUAAACGUACAUAAAAAUGCUGGAGGGUCAUUACUUCUUAUCGGGCCUUGCUUGCCUGCCAGAGAUCAUUACACCUGAGUAGACCCCAAAGUGGUGUCCUUCCUUCCUACCAGAUGAGGGAAGAUCUACAUUUGGAACAAGGAAGGGAAGAACGAUCUAUACAGUGGUACCUCGGUUUACGAACUUAAUCCGUUCCAGAAGUCCGUUCUUAAACCAAAGCUGUUCUUAAACUGAGGCACGCUUUCCCUAAUGAGGCCUCCCGCCACCGGUGCCCUUCCACCAUUCAGCUUCUGUUCAUAGACCGAGGUAAAGUUCGCUAACCGGAACACUACUUCCGGUUUUGUGGAGUUCGUAUACCGAAUCGUUCAUAAGUGGGGCUGUUAUUAAACCAAGGUACCACUGUAUCAAGAUAAGAAGAAGAAGAAGAAGAAGAAGAAGAAGAAGAAGAAGAAGAAGAAGAAGAAGAAGAAGAAGAAGAAGAAGAAGAAGAAGAAGAAGAAGAAGAAGUUAUUUAUACCCCACUCAUCUGGCUGGGUUUCCCCAGCCACUCUGGGCAGCUUCCAACAAAACACUAAAAUACAUUAACCUAUUAAAGAUUAAAAGCUUCCCUAAACAGGGCCGCCUUCAGAUGUCUUCUAAAAGUUUGGUAGUUGUUGUUCUCUUUGACAUCUGGUGGGAGGGUGUUCCACAGGGCGGGUGCCACUACCGAGAAGGCCCUCUGCCUGGCUCCCUGUAACUUGGCUUUUCGCAGUCAGGGAACCGGCAGAAGGCCCUCAGAGCUGGACCUCAGUGUCUGGGCUGAACGAUGGGGGUGAAGACGCUCCUUCAGGUAGACUGGACCCUGUAGGUUUUGCCACCUCACCUUGCCUCAUGCAUGGGCCGGCCCUGAGAUGUGGGCAAGUUUAAAGGGGUGGGUGUUCGAGGAGAAGCUGAGCCAGCACAAAUAACAGCUGAGCUGAGAGGCCGUUUUUUGUGGAUUUUCGAGGGGAUACGGACCUCUCCUCUUUCUGACUUUCCCCUCUUCCUUCAGGAGAACUGCGGCGCCACCGUGUGCUCUGGCAAAAUCUACAUCCUGGGCGGCACAGACGAAAACGAGCAAGGCACAGACAAGGUGUUCUCUUUUGAUGUGGAGACUGGGGUGGUGGAACCCGAGACCCCGCUCCAGCGCAGGACCAGUUGCCACAGUUGCGUGACCAUCCUCCGGAGCAGGACCAGGUGA